CGACAUCCACGAUAGCCCAUCACCCGCUUGACGACAUUUAAUUGUAAAGCUAACCAUGGACUUCAUUUUUUGUAUUCCUCUCGUUUGGGGCUGCCCGACGAAGGUACACCCGGUUGGGGAUCAGACUCCCCGGGUCUGUCCCAGGUGCCAUAACGCAUCUGUUACGUCCGCCAAAUCGCGGAGAUGGUUCGAGUUUUGCUUCGUGCCCCUUAUACCUAUGAGAUCAGAACGCAUAUGGACUUGCUGUAUAUGCCAGUGGAGUGUGCCCAUCCAGCCAGGGUGGGAGCCUGCUUUGCCUGGGCCCAUCCCUCAACCAGUACCACAGAACCCAUGGCAACAGCCCCCCGCCGCUUAUAACGGGGCUUCCAACGGUUAUAUCCAGUCGGGAUACCAGCCAGGGUACAUAGACCAGAGCCAAGGUCCGAAGAAUGAUGCACACUAAACCAUCUUCACAUCAUGAAAGUCCUCCAUUGUUCUCGUCGAGAUAUGACAAGUAUCUGUUGUAAUUGUAGCAGCUUUAUCAUAGUGUAUAUCCCCUAAUGUAUCGCAUGUGACAGUCGCCUGCGUCUAAUAUGCUACCCGUUUUCUGUCGUACCGUUGC